CGCGCAGCGUUCGUGACGUGAUAUCACCGGACGAUGGCCGCUUCCAUGGCUUCUACCACUCUUAGUGCGCGUCAGAGCUACGCGGCGCCCGUGCCCGCUCGCGCGCGCGUCGCCGCGGCGACCGCCACCCGCGCUCCCGUGCGCAUUCUCGCGGGCGAGUCUCGCGUCGGUAAGCAGCCGGUGAAGGUCCCGAAAGGGGUGACGUACACGCUCAAGGACAACCAUCUUGCCGUGAAGGGUCCCAAGGGCAGCCUUGAAUUCCAGUUCCCCGACACGAUGGUGUUCACGGAGGACGGAGACGAGAUUAAGUUGAGCAAGGCGGACGAGAGCAGGACCGCGAGAGAGGGUCACGGUCUGUACAGGACUCUCACGAACAACAUGAUGGUGGGUGUGUCGACUGGGUUCGAGAAGAAGCUGAAGCUCGUCGGCGUCGGCUACAAAGCUUCCAUGCAAGGGAAGGAUCUGAACCUCGCGCUCGGGUACGCGCACCCGGUCAUCUUGUCGCCCCCCCCGGGCAUCGACAUCGCUUGCACGAGCAACACGGAGAUCACCGUCAGUGGGUACGACAAGGUUGAGGUUGGUAACUUUGCCGCGAUCAUUCGCAGCAAGCGCAAGCCGGAGCCGUACAAGGGCAAGGGCGUGAGGUACGCGGACGAGUACGUCCCCAUUAAGGAAGGCAAGCGCAAGUAAAGGAUGAUUUCCGUUUAGCCGCUAUAUAUUCUUUGUAAUCAACCAAUCCGCUACUCA